AUCAAUUAGUGGACAAACUAAAGAUAGAUGUCACAACAACCGGAGAAAAUGGAAUUUUACGUUAUUUACCCACAUUUAUCACUCUUUCAAUGAAGUGCCAAUGUAGCGUUUUGUAUACCACAACUAACAAUGCAUUUAUCGUCUAUUUCAGAUUGGCUCGCUAGCCUGGAGGUCGGGUGUUCGAUCCCUGCAUUGGCCGAGAAAGUUCAUCCCGAUUUUCCGGCGUGGUUUCCCCUUGUCAGUGAUGCAGGACGGAGGGCCUGGCAAGAACAGCUGUCUAGUUGGAAUUCGAUAUAAGAGUAGGCGAUAGUGCCGCUGCCCGGGCAAAAUUUCCCUCAUAGCACACUGUAUGGCGUAUGCCCGUCUUCAUUAGCCCAGGUUAGGAGCAGAACAGUAGGACGUUAAACCCCAUUUCAUUUUUAUUUCAGAUAUCCGACCAAAAACUAAAUAUGCCAGUGACAUUUUUCAACACAACCGAUUGCCAGGCGAUAGCUGAACGGAGUGAAAAUAUAACAGCAAAAGUUGGUAUCCAACCUUCAAUAGAGACAUGGGAGGCUCUGAUUAUCAUUGUAGGUACUGGAGCGAUGGCAUCUGCUAUGGCCUGGACCUUUAGUUUUAUUAGAAAAUACAUCUAUAAUGAUAAGAAUUCCCUCGAUACCUCGUUUGAUGCGGGUGGUAAAGUGAAUGUCGGAUUAACUGCUACAACUCUUGUAUCACAGUGGACCUGGGCAGCUACCUUACUACAGUCUUCUACAGUCGGCAGCAAGUAUGGAGUUAGUGGAACAUUUUGGUACGCUGCUGGAGCAACAAUACAGAUCCUGUUAUUCUCUAUGUUAGCCGUACAGUUAAAGAUACGUGCACCUGGUGCCAAGACAUUCCUGCAACUAAUCAGAGCCAGAUUUGGUGCCAGAUGUCAUAAAAUAGUUUGUGUUUUUGCACUGGUUACCAAUGUUAUUGUCACCUCAAUGUUGAUGUUGGGCGGUGCGGCAGUUAUAACAAGUUUAGUUAAAGGUAUGAGUGUGCAGUAUGCUACAACAUUAGUAGCGUUUAUAACUGGUGCUUAUACUAUGAUUGGUGGAUUAGGUGCCACGUUCUAUGUAUCAUAUUUUAAUACAGCUAUAAUAUACAUAGUUACCAUCAUAUUUCUGAAUAAAGUCUACAGUGAUGGCGAUGACGAGACUAAUCCGUUGGGUAGUGUAGAAAAGGUGUAUAAUCUGGUGUCAUGUAGUUUGGCACCUGAGGGUAAUCUGGAUGGUAGCUACCUUACGAUAGUCUCUUAUCCAGGAUUAAUGUUUGGCCUUAUCAAUAUUGUUGGCAAUUUUGGUACUGUUUUCGUCGACCAGUCAUACUGGCAAAGUGCUGUAGCAGCUAAACCGAAACAAGGCGUAAUCGGCUUCUUGUUGGGAGGAUUAUCAUGGUUCGCCAUCCCCUUCUCUCUAGCUACAACCAUGGGACUGGCUUAUGUUGCUUUAAGUACCAGACAAGGUGUUCCAUUACUAGUCGAUGCUGAUGUCGAUGCAGGGUUGGUACCACCGAUUGUAGCUCAAACCUUACUAGGGAAAAAGGGAGAGCUUUUAAUGUUGGUUAUGAUAUUGAUGGCUAUAACGUCAACAGGGUCAUCAGAGGUCAUGGCUGUGACGUCAAUUCUGGUGUUCGAUGUCUACGCUCUGUAUUUGAAGCCAUAUCGCUUAACCACUGAUACCAACAGUUGUAUUCUUUGUGGAAAGGGUCGUGGUCGAAUGGCGAACCCACGUGAUAAAUGUAAAUGUCAGAGUAUGACGCAUUGUUCAGCAUGUCACCAGGAUGACAAAAACCGGCUUGCAAUUAAUCGAGCUAUAAAACCAGAAUAUAAGUGUGCCGUCCAUGGUCAAUAUCGAGUGUAUUUAGACUUAUUAAAUGGUUUGAAGAAUUGGUGUCUUGUGUGGGUGUCCAUGUCUAUUAUACCGUUAACCAUUGUUUUAGAUAUCAUGAGUUUAAGUCUUGGUUGGGUCUACUUAUUUAUGGGGGUUUUGAUUGGAUCCGCAGUAAUACCCAUCGGAUUGGCCAUGUAUUGGGAACGUCUGACAUCGUGUGCUAUGAUAUCUGGGAGUAUAUCGGGAACUGUUUUGGCGCUAAUAGUAUGGAUGUCAGUAGCUUCCACAUAUGAAGGUGGCCUUUCAAACUUCAUAGCGAACACAGGUAAAGAAUUGUCUAUGCUGUGUGGGAACUUAACCGCCAUCUUGUCCGGAGGCAUAAUUACCAUCGUUUUAUCUUUGGUUACUAACCGUAACUUCUCCCCAGCAGCGGGAAAAGAAAUCUGGGAAAACACGAGAGAUAUAGAUAAUCCACUUAAUCCGUGGACAGAAACAUAUUCAAAAGAUUUGAAUCUAAUUGGAGCUCAUCAAUUAGAUAACAGACCAUCAUUAGAUGAAGUGGCUAAAACGUUUAAAUACGCUAAAUUACUAGCGGUUGGUGGGUCAGUGACGUUAACCAUAUUAUUGGUAGUUAUAUGGCCAAGUAUAAUGGUUGCAGUUGAAGUCAUGUCUUUGACUAGUUUCAGGAGCUGGGUCGCAUUAUCUGAUGCUUGGGCGUACCUAGCGACUAUUGCUAUGGUAACUAUUCCGUUGACGAACGAAGCUUACGAUAUUUUCCAAACCUUUAGAAGCCGGAACCAUCGAGUCUGUAACGAUGAAGAGUCUUUGUUCAAAGAUAAAUUAGAUACGAAAGGUUGUCCCGAUGACAACGUGCCCACCAAAACAAGGGGUACUAUUACUGUCACGGGCAUAACAGUGGACGAAACAGCGGGAGGCAACUCUCACGUGAACAACGAUAAAAUGGCAACAACGGGGACAAUAGAACAGGUGAAGGAAGUUGAGGAAGAGAUUCAACAAAUAUCGGAAAUACCUGAUGAAAUGAAACUAAAAUCCGGUUACGUCAUUCCACCCCCAGAUGCUAAUGAAUCUGUUGCGUCGGAUCCCAGAUCUCCGGUUUUUGAAUAAAAUGGGAAUUAAUUCUACAACUAAACCCUUUAAAAAUUGGUAACAAUGUAAUAAUUGUAACGGUCAUUAAGGAUUCGUCGCCGUUAAAGCAUGCUCAAGUUACAGGCCCACAACGAAUUAGUAACGCUAAAGUACAAGUGCGAAUUUAAGAAGUCUCUUCAAAUCGAAUAAUAUACAUAUAUACACCCAUAGAAGCUAGGGCAUCAAUAAAGAGACCGUCUCUACAAAUAACGAUAAUCCGUCCUCAGUAUUAUUACUCGAAUGACAAUGAUAAUCGUGCUUGGUGACUAUGGGGAAAAUGGGCGGUGAUUAGGGAUGAACCGGCCAGAAAGUCGAUAUUUUGACUAUUGAUAAUUCAACUAUCCAUCUGUAUAGUGAGAGAAUUUCAUACUUAUAAUUAAAACAGCUUUAGUCAGUCAGCAUAACUUCAAAUCAUUUUCGAUUUUGUAUAGCGUCGGCAUGAAUUUUUCCUGCAAUAACAUUAAUAUAAAAGCGGAGCUAUAAUGGCAAGUAGGCUAUUAUAAAGUCUAAAGAAACCAGUAUUUUGUUGUUUAGAAAUUAUGCUAUCUGACCAAAAUAAAAUGUAAAAUUUACCAUUUUGUGUGUAUCCCUAUUUGUCACCCCAUUAACGCCUUAUAAAUACAUGUUUGAAAAAGACUCUUCUUUGACCUUGAUAAUUAAGAUAACCGAGCCGUUAAUAACAUUAUCCGUAUUGCACGUGUAGCUAACAAGAGAUAGUGAUAGGUAAAGUCGCAUUUAUGUAAAGGAUGGGAAUAUAUUUGUGUAUACGUUACAUAACAUUUAUUGGACUAUUUUUUAUAUUUAAAAAAAAAAACAGAUAGAUCUCAACAUGGACUUCAUCGUCAGUGGUACAAACACGUGUCUCUGGUGAUGGCGUGGUGGGAGGAG